AUGGCUGACUACGUCCGGAACCCCGCGUUCGCGCCAGUUGUCGCUCUGCUGCUGGUCGCUGCCGUGCAACUCACCUCCUCCGCCACUUUUCGUUUCAAACCUCCGGAGCCUCUUUCAGGCCCGGUGCGCAUCAACUGUGGCAGCAGCGAGGCGCUGACUAUCAACGGCCGCCACUGGCAGGCCGACGCCUUCUACGACGCGGGGCAGCCCUUCCGCAUCCCCCCCUCCCCUCCCCUCUCCUCCCAUCGCCUCGCCUCGCCCGUCGAAGCCACCCUGCGCGCGUUCCCGGACGUGAACAGCAACGGCGGCUGCUACACCGUCCCUCUCCCCCGUGACGCGCGCUACCUGGUGCGCGUGGGCGUGGCCUACCGCAACUACGAUGGCGCCCACCGCUCGCCCGCCUUCCACAUCGCGGUGAACGGGCUCAUCCUCAGGACGGUGGUGAUGGGCGUCUCGGAGCAGCAGUACCCGCUCUCCGCCUUCUACUCCGAGUUUGUCGCCUUCGCCCACCAGGGCCGCAUCGCCAUGUGCGUGCUGCCGCUGCUGGGCGUGGUGUCGGCGCCCCCCCAGGUGAACUCGCUGGAGCUGCUGCCCGUGCACCCCCUCGCGUACGAUGGCGCGGUGACAGGCAGGGACGUGGUGGUGGUGCCGCUUCUGCGCCACAACCUGGGCGCGGGGGGGAUGGUGGGUGGUGGGCCAGAAGGCGGGGCAAGGGGCGGGGUCCCUUCGGUGCAGGAAGACAGGAUGGGAGGGGGGAGGUGGGAGAGAGCAGUGGGAGGGACAGUGGGGAGGGUGGCGGAACUGGAAGGUGAAGAGGCGGAAGCAGCGAAUGGGGGAGGGGUGGAAGGAAGGGGACGGAAGGUGGGGCGGGCAGGUGCAUUGGCGGUGGGGGAGAGGGGGUUGCUGGAGGAGGGGGCGGGGAAGGAGCAAGAGGGCGGAAUGGGGGAGGUGGGAUGGGCGGAGGAGGACAGCGCAUACAGGGUGUGGGGGCGCGACUUAGCUCCUGCAUGGGGCGCCGUGCCUCGUACCGUGGCUCUGCAGUCGCAUGUUAGUAGUGGUGCCAUUGGUGGCAGCAACAGCAGCAGCAGCAGCAGUAGCGUUGGGACGAAUUCAAACGUGACGGGUAGCAGGAAUUGGGUUGCACGUGGGCAUCCGUUCAAAGUGGUAACCACAUCCCGGCGCAUUGCUGGUGCUGACGUGGCACCGGACUACAUUCCUUCCACAGUGUUCCAGUCGGCGUGGGAGGGAGCAGUGGAGGAGAGGGCAGGCCAGGGGCGAGAGAAAAGUGGGGGGGAGCAGGCGGAGUGGGGGGGCAGGAGAGGAGGAGGGCUGGUGUGCUGGGCCAACAGCACCAGAGGUGGCGGCAGCAGCAGUGGGUCGUCAGAGACAUGCGUGGGGUCGGUGGGGUUUGCGGUGCGUCUAGAUCCGGUGAAUCUGCUGGACGUGCUCUGCCUGCGCCUCUUCUUCGCUGAGAUCGACCCCCUCGUGCGCCCCGGUGACCGGCGCUUCGACAUCCGGCUGGGCGCCAUGAGCGUGCUGGGCGUGGGGUGGGGGCAGGGGCAGGGGGAGGGGGAGGAGGAGUAUGAGGGGGAGGGGGAGGAGGAGAAGGAGUUGGGGGACGAGAAAGGGGAAGAGGAGGGAGGAGAUGAGCGGAAGGGAUGGAAGUGGGGCAAUACAAACGGCGGAGGGAAUACGGCGGAGAGGGGAGAGGAGGGAGGAGAGGAGGGAAUGAUGAGGGAGAGGGAAAUGGAUGAGGAGGAGAGAGCAGGGACUGAGGGAGGCACAGCAAGUGGUAAGGGCGAGGCAGCAAGCAGCAGAGGCGCGGUUAGAUGGCUGGGGCGCGGGGAGAGGCUUCAACGGCUGAGCGCUGGCAUGGGCAUGGAGGGGAGUGAUGUGGAGGUGAAUGCAGGGAGGGCAGUUGGCGAAGAGGAGGGCGCAGGGGAGGAGGAAGUAACGGAAGGGCACAUGAUGGGCACUGGGAGGGGGAGCGAUGAGGAUGCAAGAAAUAUCAGAAGAAAGCUUUUUGGGGAAUGGAAAGGAAUCAGAGGAAGCAGGAAUAGUGUUUGGGGGAAUGAGGGUAGUGAGAGCAAGGGAAAGAAUCAGCACUCCUCUAGGGCAUGGAGGAGGAAGGGCGAGAGUGGAGGGGAGGGGACGAGGAGGGGAAGGAGGAGGAGGGUGGGAGUGGAGCACAUAGCACACACGGGGCUGGACGGGCGGAAGCCAGUGGUGCAUGGCAACGUAGUGCUGGACGCCGUCAAGAGCAUCAGUGAGAGCGGCGAGUUCGACACGGGUGGCGGCGUGGGCACGCCUGUCAACUGGUACCGCACCUUCCUCGACUUCCGCCUCCGUGACUUCCUCUUCGGUCCGCAGCCCCGCCCCUGGAAGCAGGAGCGCCAGCAGCUGCUGCGUUCCAAGCAACCACAGGUGGCGGGGCGCUGGGAGGGGCAGCGGGAGAAGCAGGCGGAGGAGCAGAUGGAGGAGGAGGAGGAUGUGUUUGAUCGCAGCAACCCGCUGUUUGCGCGGGACUGGAGCAGCACAGGCUUUGACAUCCUGGUGGCGGCCAACGGGUCGCACGACCGCGCGGUGGUGGUGGCGGUGUGCUUCAACUUCACGCGCUAUGCGGAGCAGUACGGCCCCGGCCUCGCCCUGCUGCUCUCCCCCAUGCGCGGCUCCAAGAGGCCGCCGCUGCUGGCGGGCGUGGAGGUGGUGGAGAUGGUGAGAACGCCCCCUGCCGGCCACGUGCCCCGCGGCAGCAGUGGGACCAUUAUCAUGCACUCACACGUCGCACCCAUGUCUCUUGCAGCCGCCUUUCGUCCCUUACCUCUUCCGUCGCCAAGCUACCUACCAGGCAGCAUUGCAGCCAUGUUGUACAUCUCGCCCUUGCCUACCCGCUCUCUUCGUGUCUCUCCACCUCCCCUCCUGCCCGCCCCCACAGGCUACCUGCCCAACGACAUAGCAGCCGUGAUAGUGCUGCUCGCCCUCGCCUACAUCGCCCUCAAGCUCGCCCCGCACUGCCGCGCCUCCACCUCUCAUUUCCCCUACGCAUGCAUUCCCUUCACACAACUCCUCUCAGGACCAGCUAAAGACCAGCACAGCCAAUGA